GUUUGCAGAAGAACUCUGAUUGGCCUGUGACCAUAUAAGCCCCAGUGGCAGCUGCAGGAGGCAGGAGAGAAAAAGAGACAGAGAGAGAGAAGUGCGGAGAGACAGGAGGAGAGCUCUCAGAGGAAUCGCAGGAGGACAGAGGACUCUACUGAGGAGGGAACUUGUGUCAGUGGGGGUGCUGCUGUCUGCUGUAAAUCUGCCUGAAGCAGGAAGAUGACAUGCUGAAUAAACGGGUGGUGAUCUGGUCCAGAACCUGUCUUAGAAUGUCUAGAUCACUGUGAAAGCAUCUAGCUGUGUCAACACUAGUCCCAUCAAGGUCCAUCAGAAGCAGACAGCAUGCAGAACCUCCGGCAUGCAGCCUCUGAGGCCUUCCAGCGUCUUGGGUUGAAACAAAGACAUCUGGGCUAUGAGGAGCUGAGUGAUCUGGACGGGGUGGAGAAACCACAGCCGCACUGGUUUCACACGUUGCAGGUGCGACGGCUCCGAGUUCAGAGAGGCCGCAGUAACAGCGACCCUCUGGGAGGAGAGAGCUUCCAACAGGAGUUUCAGUGGAAAACAGGCCUGCAGUUUGGAAAUGCAACAUCUUACCUGAACCUCGAAAAACUUGGAGAAGGCACAUAUGCAACAGUGUACAAAGGAAUUAGCAGGAUAAAUGGCCAACCGGUGGCUUUGAAGGUGAUUCACAUGAAAACUGAGGAAGGAAUUCCAUUCACAGCUAUAAGAGAAGCCUCCCUGUUAAAAGGCCUGAAACACGCAAACAUAGUCCUGCUCCAUGAUAUCAUCCACACACGAGAGUCUCUCACCUUUGUCUUUGAGUAUGUGCAAACAGAUUUGGCUCAAUAUAUGAUUCAGCAUCCUGGUGGACUUCACUCAUACAACGUCAGGCUUUUCAUGUUUCAGUUGUUGCGAGGAUUGUCUUACAUUCACAACAGAAGGAUUCUCCAUCGAGACCUCAAACCUCAGAAUCUGCUCAUCAGUUAUUUAGGAGAACUCAAAUUAGCAGAUUUUGGCCUGGCCCGCUCUAAAUCCAUACCAUGCCAAACCUACUCUGCAGAGGUCGUGACUUUAUGGUACCGACCGCCUGAUGUUCUCAUGGGCUCCACUGAUUACUCCACUGCCCUGGACAUCUGGGGAGCUGGCUGCAUUUUCAUUGAGAUGCUACAGGGGUCAGCAGCGUUUCCUGGAGUAGCCGAUGUCUUUGAGCAGCUGCUUAAGAUCUGGACAGUUCUCGGUGUUCCGACCGAGGCGAGCUGGCCGGGUGUCAGUGAUUUGCCAAACUAUAAACCAGAGUGGUUCCUGCCCUGCAAGCCCCAGCAAUUUCGAGAUGUCUGGAAAAGGCUCGCUCAGUUACCUUAUAAGACGGAGGAUCUGGCCCAGCAGAUGCUGAUGAUGAAUCCAAAGGACAGGAUUUCAGCCCAGGAUGCAUUGCUGCACCCAUAUUUCAACACUCUUCCACCUCCGUUAAUGCAUCUAAGGGACACUGUGUCCAUCUUUAAGGUGCCGGGCGUGAGGUUAGAGGUGGAAGCGAGGGAUAUCUUCAGCCCGAGCAGACGAAUGAAAUCGCCUCUUGCCCCUUUAGCCAAGUGCUGGUGAAAGAUUCAAUUUUUUUAAUAAAAUAGGUGAUGUGCUUGUGAAAAGCAUAAAAACAUCAGACAUAAUUAAAGGGAUAGUUCACCCAAUAAUGGAAAUUCUCAUAAUUUGCUCACCCUUAUGCCAUCCCAGAUAUGUAUGUCUUUCUUUCUUCUGCAGAACACGAAGUUCAGCUCUGUAGGUCCAUACAAUACAAGUGAAUGGGUGCCAAAAUUUUGAAGCUCCAAAAUACACAUAAUGGCAUUAUAAAAGUGAUCCAUAAGACUGUGUGGGUGAGAAACAGAUCAAUAUUUAUGUAAUUUGUUCUCCUCCCUGUCCAGGAGGGGGCGAUAUACACAAAGAAUUUGAAUCACCAAAAACAGAAGAAGGAGAAAGUGAUAGAAUAAGGACUUAUAUAUUGAUCUUUUUCUCACUCACACCUAUCAUAUCACUUCAGAAGACAUGGAUUUAACUACCAGAGUCGUCUGGAGCACUUUUAUGUUGCCAUUAUGUGGAUUUUGGAGCUUUACAAUUUUGGCACCCAUUCACUUGCAUUGUACGGACCUACAGAGCUGAAACAUUCUUCUAAAAACUUUCGUUUUUGUUCAGCAGAUGAAAAAAAGUCGUACACAUCAGGGAUGGCAUGAAGGUGAGUAAAUGAUGAAAGAAUUUUCAUUUUUGGGUGAACUAACACUUUAAUAACAUCCCAAACCCAUAUGACUUUGUUUUUUCCGUGGGACACAAAAGGUGAAUUCUUAAAAAGUCUUCACAGGGAUUAUUUGCUAUUAAGUGAAUAGUGACUUUGGUCUGUCAAGCUUAAAAAACAUCAUAAAAUCACAGUAAACCUAAUCAUGCAUUCUCAUGCAAUAUAUUCUAAGCCUUCUGAAGCAAUAUGAUCACUUUGUCACAUUUAAGCUGCCAUUCACUCUCAUUAAUAAAGAUAUAGCAUGAUGUCAUGACCCUUGGUCACAAGAUGCAAUGAGAACCAAUGAGCUUUGAAGUUGUUGAUGUAGCCGCCAUGUUUGAUUAAAACAAUUUAUUCAUGUUUGAUUUGAUUUAUGAGUGAAUAACGACUUAAAUUUUGUUCUUUCAAGCUUGACAGACCUGAGUUACUAUUCACUCACAUUAUGGCAAAUAAACCUUGUGAAAAAUUCACCUUUUGUGUUCCACAAAACAAAUACAUUUGUGAAAUUAGGGUGAGUAUAAAGAAUUUUCAUUUUCAGGUGAACUACUGUAUAUCUUUCAAUGUGACACUGUAUUUCAGAAUGACAGUCAGUUUUUAUGUUAUUUAUUCAGAUCCAAAUCAGCUGUAACAAAUAUGUGACUUAUUAAGAAUCCAAUUUCACAAGAUUUACAUUUUUAAAUGUCUGAUUGAUGUAACUCAAGAGAUGUUUUUAAUGGUAGACAUAUCUACACAGUAGGAGAAAAAUACAGUGACUUCAGGAGCAAUGGUACAGAAACUGUAUUUCACUAAGACUGUUUACAGUACCGUUCAAUUGUGAAUACAUUGAUAUAAAAUGCGCUUCAUUUUGAUAUGUCAUAGAUAUUUGUGUAAAUAUCGCACAGAAAUAGAGGAAAGGAGUGAUUUGAAGUGAACGAAUAUACCAACUGAUGCUUCAAAGCUCUAUUGUGUGGUGCGCAGGUGAAAACAGUGUCCUUUUAACACACCAGGUGAGAAUCUCACCUAAAAUGAGUGUUUUUGUACAGCAUAUGAGUACUCAUGUGUAUAGCUAUCUAUGAUCGAAUCAACUCAUUUUGAAAUGUUUCAGUAUUGCAAUAUUCAACGUUGCAGAUUAUCAUGGAGGUCUGUGUAAUGCGCAGCAUGCAUAGAUUCUAAAAGUGUCACUGUGCAUCUUCCCGGAUAAUGUAAAGACAGUGAUAUUGGUCAGCAAAUAACAGUUGUUCCAUUUGUCAAUACCAGACUAUUUGCUUAAAGCAACAGGCACAUAUCUCAUAGCCAGGUCAAUACUGUUGUUGGUGAACAUUAUCUGUAAAACUGUAACAAUUGUGUGUGCGUGUUUGUGUUUUCGUAAAAUUGUUUAAAAUCCCACUGUGUAUUAAUGU